GUUGAUCAAAUUCAAAGUUGACCUCUGAAUAAGGAAAGCUUUAAUGAAUCUCGAAAACCUUUUUUAGGAGGGUCUUGCCUUCACACGUUUGGUCAAUUCCACGAGUGACCAAUUACAUUCAAUGAAUUAAUCCCAUUUCUGAUACAACGUUGAUCUCUUGAAGGGCUUCAGCCACUGGAGGAAAUUGCACAUUGUGGCAUUAAACCAUUUCUCAUGAAGACAACAACUUUGUCCUCCAUAAGAGUGGCUCCUAUUUAUCAACCCAUGAGGGAUUUGACCCCUAACUGAUUAUUUUAACUGGCAGUCUUCCAAUUGUAAAUCAAGUGCCCCGCCAUGUGUAAAACGCAGUAGCCAUUUACCUGUAAUAUAUUUACACUGGGGUUGUAUGUGUUUGUUUCUGUGCAGCUCUGAACUGUAGGCAUGGUGUGAAAGUUGAGUGUCUUUAAAUAAGCCAGUCGUCCAGUAGUGCUGCUCCACUGCUGGUGAAAGUGCGCUGACCUGCCUCCCUGCUUCCCUCGCUUGGAACGUUUGGCUACUUCUCGCUCUGCUCCUUGACACUGCCGUACCACUAACCAAAGCACCAUGGAUGAAAAUAGUGUCGAGAGCAUCGCGGAGGUGUUCCGAUGCUUCAUUUGCAUGGAAAAGCUGCGGGACGCUCGCCUCUGUCCCCACUGCUCCAAGCUUUGCUGCUUCAGCUGCAUACGGCGGUGGCUCACAGAACAGAGAGCUCAAUGUCCACACUGCAGGGCACCCUUACAGCUGCACGAGCUGGUGAACUGCCGCUGGGCGGAGGAGGUCACACAGCAGCUGGACACACUGCACAUGUGUGGGCUUAGCAAGCAGGAGGAUGGCGACAAGGACAAGUGUGAACUGCACAGAGAGAAGCUGAGCGUUUUCUGCUGGACCUGUAAAAAGUGCAUCUGUCACCAGUGCGCUCUCUGGGGCGGCAUGCAUGGUGGCCACAUGUUUAAGCCGCUGUCGGAGAUCUACGAGCAACACGUGUCACAGGUCAACGAGGAGGUGGGGAAGCUGCGGCGGCGACUGAUGGAGCUCAUCAGCCUGGUGCAGGAAGUGGAAAAAAACGUCGAGUCCGUCAGGGGCGCAAAGGACGACCGAGUGCGGGAAAUCCGCAACGCCGUGGAGAUGAUGAUCGCCCGACUGGACACGCAGCUCAAGAGCAAGCUGCUGACUCUCAUGGGCCAAAAGAACUCGUUGACGAAAGAGACGGAGCUUUUGGAGAGUCUGCUGCAGGAGGUGGAACACCAGGUACGCUCAUGCAGCAAGAGUGAACUAAUCAUGAAGAGUGCGGAGAUCUUGCAGAUGUUUCAGCAGGUCCAUCGCCGACCCAUGGCCUCCUUCGUCACUGCGCCGGUGCCCCCUGACUUCACGAGUGAGUUGGUGCCUGCCUAUGACUCCAGCACGUUUGUGCUCUCAAACUUCAGCAUCUUGAGGCAGAGAGCCGAUCCAGUGUACAGCCCUCCGCUGCAGGUGUCCGGCCUAUGCUGGAGGCUCAAAGUGUACCCGGAUGGAAAUGGCGUGGUACGAGGGAAUUACCUCUCCGUGUUCUUAGAGCUCUCUGCGGGCUUGCCAGAGACAUCCAAGUACGAGUACCGGGUGGAGAUGGUGCACCAGGCGUCCAGCGACCCCAGCAAGAACAUCAUCCGCGAGUUUGCGUCCGACUUUGAGGUGGGAGAGUGUUGGGGAUACAACCGCUUCUUCCGCCUCGACCUCCUGGCCAGCGAGGGCUACCUCAACACUCACAACGACUCCGUGGUGCUCAGGUUUCAGCUACGCCCGCCCACGUUUCACCAGAAGUGUCGCGACCAGCAGUGGUACAUCAGCCAGCUGGAGACGGCACAGGCAGCCUACAUCCAGCAGACCAAUGACCUUAAAGAGAGGCUCACCAUCGAGCUGUCGCGCUCCCAGUCGGGCCGCGCCGCCACUCUGCCCAGCAGCCACACGAGUCCACGCGGGGGCCCGUCUCGGACAAAGCAGCCACGUCCCGGCCGGCAGAGCUCGCACUCGUGCGCCGAGGCGGCCGGCGCGCUGGCGUCGGUCGCGGCGGUCGGAAUCCGCUCGCCGCGUGACGGCAGCUGCUCCAGGGACAGCACCCUGCCCCGGGACGGCGGCGGAGGCGGCGGCGCGCUGCCUGUCGAGGAAGAGGACGACGAUAAGACGCAGCAUGACGAUUCCAACCAGGAGAUUUCUGACGGGGACCUGGAUGGAGAGUGUCUCACCGGCGAGGAGGAGAACAACUUGCUGGGCGAGGGCAGCAGCAGCUCGGCCAGCACGGCCGGCAGCAGCAGCACGGAGGAGAACGACAUCGACACGGAGACCAUGUCUGGUGAGAAUGACGUCGAGUACGGUGGAGCCAUGGACCUGGAAGAGGGAGAGCUGCUGGAUGAGGCCCUGGGGGCGGCCGCAGGCGGCACGUGCUUGGCGGAGGGAGCGCGGGGGGGCCGCGCUCGCGUCGCGGUGGGCCUGGCGGGCGCCGCCGGGAGCCUCCUGGAGCUGGAGCCCAGCCUGCUGCUGCAGCUGCUGGACCUGGGCGAAUCGGAGACCCUGUGGGACUUCCCACCACACCCACCGGAGCUGCACUCGUCAUCACGACACCAGAGGAAGGAUCGCGAUCAGCAGCGGAGGCAGCAGUCGCUGCUACGGAACUCUGCUGACGUUUUCAAACGCCUGCAAGCGCAGGUGGCGGAGGGCAAAGGCAAGCUGCCUGCAUCACGGACUCGGGGCCGCGCGACGACGGUGAGCGCCAGGAGACCCCUGUCGCUGCAGCGAGCGCUUGACAGCAGGGAGAGUGACAGCCGCUCCAUGCAGGCGGAGAGGCACACCGCGCAGCCCCACAGCGAAGGCAUAGCUGCGUGCGGCAGACGCCGGGUUUCCCCCAAGUCCUCUUCGCCUCCACUGCCCUGCGACCAAGACGCAGGGUCGGGGCACGGCACGACCCCGGGGCAAGAGCUGCAGGAGGAGUCGGCGUGCCCGGCACCGGUGCCCGUGGGGGGCUAUGACCUCGCGAAGGCCCUCAGCAGCGUCCCGUCCCUGGAGAUGGUACGCAAGGUGCUUUCGGUUGGGCCGGGGCAGCGCGUCCGCCACUCGGAGAACCGCAGGGCAGAGUCGGACACGAGCACCGUCGUGUCGACCGGCGAGGGGGCAGGCGACCGUGGGGAGCACGUUAUGGUGCCGACGUCCGGCUUGUGUGGGGGGCUGCUGGAGCUUGGCCAACCCCAGUGUCUGUCCGCACCGGAGCGUGGGGUCUCACCGGACCUGGGGGGCUCAGGUUUAGCGGGGUCUGACAUGGACAGCUCCCUGGAGCCCGAGGAAAGGGAGGCAGCAGCUGAGCUACGGGAGGAAGGAUCAAUUUCAGAAGAUGCUUCGGAGGACAGUUUUGUGGCCGAUUUGGAUACCAAAUGAUUGACGAUGCUGCCUGGUAACUGCAGAGGCUGCCUUGGUGCGUCACGGCGGUCAGAGCAAAGUAAUAUAAAAGCCACCGUUGUUAAUGCUGUGCAUUUUAACGCAUCUGCGUGAUGCGUGCCUUGCACUACCGAGCAUAGUGUUAUGUCAUUACACGGAAUUGCAGCACAAGUUUAGUCUUCAGAACAACGAGCACCUGAAUUCCACUUCUGAGGAUGCAAGUGCUGCACAUAGUUUAUACGUUAUUUUUUUGUGUGGCCAUUUUUUUUUUGUUAAAACGCAGGCCUUGCCGAAAACUUCCCUGUGACGUAAGAUUUCCUGCAUAUCGUUGCAUUUCAUUGUCUUUGUAAUGUUAGUUUUUUUCUAUUUUUAUUUGAUUUAUAUAUAUGGCAAAUAAAGUGUUUAUAACAGCU